AUGAUCGAUCAAUUAUCAAAAACAAAUAAUUCCAAUGAUCUCUUUGGAGAACAAACUCCAAAAAAGAUGCCACAGGAAACGAUGCCGUUUACAAAUGAAUUAUUUCAACGUGUAAUAACAGGUGUACUUUGUUCAUUAAAUCCAACAACAACAAAUAAUGAAAAACAAAAUGCAUUAAAUUUUCUUGAAGAUCUUAAAGAAAAUCAUCCAUUAAUAUGUCUAACAAUUGGCUUUGAAUUAUUGAAACAACAAACAAAUAAUGAUUCAUUAUUGCGUCAUUAUGGUAUUCAUUUAAUUGAAUCGAUUGUAAAACAUAAAUGGUCAUUAUUAAAACAGGAUGAACGAUAUUUAGUUAAAGAACAAUUAUUCAUUUUAAUAAAAAGUUCAUGUUUAAAUCAAACAUUUAUGGAUCCGAUUUAUAUUCGUAAUGCAUUAGCUAAAUGUUUAGUUGAAAUAAUAAAACGUGAUUGUUUUGAAAAAGUCAAUACAGCAUUAGAUGAAGUUGUUCUUAUGACACAAUCAAUUACUCGCAUUGAAGAUAACAAUUCUACUCAACUCGAACUUAUUUUACUCGUUUAUCGUUUCUUAAAUGAAGAAGUAACAAUCUAUGCACAAUCAAUACAAAUUCAUCGUCGUCGACAAUUAUUAAAUCAAUUGCAAAAACGUUUAAAUGAUAUUUUACCAUGUCUAAUACGUAUAUCAAAUGAUUUAUUAGUUGUAAAUGAUCAACGUGAACGUUUAACACAAACGUGCUUAUUAGCUGUGAAUAGUUUUCUUAUAUGGGUAGAAUAUAAUCAUUUUGAACAGUAUGAAUUAUUUCUUUGUGAAUUAUUUUUAAAAUUUUUUCAACUCAAUUCCGUUAAAUUACGGCAUGCAUCAUUCGAAUGUUUACUUAGUCUUGUUAAUAAACGUUUAGCUAAAAAACAAUUACAACAACAACAACAACAAAGAAAUAAACGAAUUGCAUUGUCACCAUCAGCAGCAUUAAAUUGUCAACAAGAAAAACUUUUUCUAGACUAUUUACUUGGAGAUAAUACAUUGGGAAUGUUCUAUCGGUUAUUAAUUAGUCCAACGGAUUCAAUUGAACAAUUACGUACAGUCGUUACUAAUGAUCAUUUAAAUUGUUUGAAAAUGCUUGGUCAACUUCUUGUUAAACUAGCAAAUUAUUUAUUACAAUUAUUUCAACAAUUAGCAAUAAAAUCCAUUGAUGAUGAUCAAUUUUUGACGUUUGUUAAUGAACGAACACGUUCAUUUCUACAAUUCCUUCUUCUUUUGAAUCAGCAUCCAUUUCAUCUAUUAUCAUUAAAUUCUUAUCAAGCAUUAAAUGCAUUCAUUAUGCGACAACCAACAUUAUUAUCAAAUGAACAAUUUUGUUUAAAAUUAGUUCAAAAUUUAAAAGAAUCAUUACAUCGAGUACAUUUUCCAUCAUCAUCAACAAUAACACUUCUUGAUAGUGGUAAUGAAAUAUUAAAAAAGCAAUACGAACAUAAUCAAAAAUGCUUUAUUUAUGCUUUAUAUGAAUAUGAUAGUGAAGAACAAUUUUAUUGGAAAUUUUUCUCACAAUAUAGAACAGAAUUACAGAAAUUAAUUAAAUCAUUUAUUAGCAUGUUUUUUCCCGAUACUAUUGCUGAAUGUUCAGUUGUAACCGAAACAAAUAUGUCUUGUUUAAAGUCGAUUCUUCAAAGUUUACUUGCAUUUCUUGAAUCAAUUGUUCAACGUACACCAAAUAAAACUGACAAUCAAAUUCAAACAUCAUUAUCAUCAGUCUAUUUAAUAAUUGAAUGGGAAGCAUUUUAUUUAUUAAUUGAUCAUGUUUUAUUUAUUGUUCGUAAAGAAUUAUUUUCAUCUUCAACAUCCAUAAUAAAAUCUCAACAAAGAAUAGAACCACUUUUAAUGACAUCAACAAUGACAGAACAAUUCUUACGUACAUUAAGAUUUCUAUUACAGUUUACACCUAAUCUAAGUGAACAUAUACAUGGACAUGUAUUAAAUUUACUUUCUGUUAUGUUUUUUAUUACUAAACAUGAUCCAUCUUUAUCUAUUCAAAUAAUUCAACGUCUUCUAACUACAUUUCAAUUAUAUCAGCAACAAUCUAUUGUCGGUUCAAGUAUUCACGAAUGUGAAGUAAUGCAAACUCAAGCAGCAAAUGCUUUCCUCUAUUUAUGCAAAAAUUUUACUGUUAAAAUGAUUGAUUACUAUUCUGAAUUAUUUCCAUUUAUUUGUCAACUUUAUAAAGAUGAAUUUCAACUAACUAAAACUUCCUUAUCAAUAACAAUCGAUGAAUCAUCAUGCCCAGCAUUAAAAUUAUUGGAUGCAGCUCAGACACUACUCUAUUAUAAAUUAAUUCAUAGUAAUGAUCAAACUCAAUUCGAGGCAUUCUAUGAACUUAUUAAACCUAUUUAUGAAACAUUUCUAACGUCAUUAAAUGUGGAUUCAUUAGUACCAUUUAUACAAUAUCUUGAUUUAUGUUCAAAUGGAACAGUUGAUAUGAAUGUAGUACGUUAUCGACGCCGAAAUUUAAUGCUUGCAUUACAUUGUUUAUGUUUACUAAUACGUUAUUCAAAACAACAACAACAACAACAACAACAAUUAAACCCUCUUAUGCGCUCAAAAAUCGCUGUUUGUCUACGACCAUUUUUAUUUGAUCAUAUACUUAAAGUAACGCAAUAUUGUAAUCAACUAUAUGAUCGACAAAUAAAUCCUUUCUAUGAUAUGUUAAAAAACAAUUUAACAUAUAGUGACACAGAAAAACAAUUAUAUCUCGGAACUUAUGAGAGUAAUAAUAUGGCUAAAGCAACAAUUACAUCAACUACAACACCGUCAAGUCUUCCGGUAAGUUUUGUUCGUUUUCAAACAAUAUCUGGUGUUGGUAUCGUUGAUGACCAACGUCUUCGAGAUUAUCUUCAUCGUCUAUUCGAUAUAUGUUAUCAAAUCAAUGGCAUGUAUUUUGCUCAUGAUGCUGAUUUAUAUUAUUUAAAAUUAACCGAUGAUAAUUAUUUUAUAACAACAUUUUUACAAAAAGUUCUUUUUCAGAAUUUAAAAACUCUUCCGUCAUUUCGUCUUCGUAUUGUUUUAAGACAUUUUUGUCGAUCAUUUGUUGAACAUUAUUGCCCAUUAAUAACAUUAGAUAAAGAAAUAAUAAAUGAAUUAUUUCUUACAUUUCUUGAUAUUUUUCUACCUUACAUUCAACAAAGUUUAACAACCAUGUGGAAUUCUUUAUUAACCACAACAAUUAAUUACCAAGACGGCGAAUGUUCAGAUGAAGUUAUUGAAGAAUGUGUUUGCGUUUUAUUAACACAUGAUUUUGUUGAUAUUAUACGAUAUUUUAUUUAUAAAACAGCAACAACAACUGGUGGUCAAACAAAUUCAACAUCAAGUGGAACUAAUAAAAAGAAGAACAAAACAAUGAAUGGACAUGCUCAUAGUGAAAGUAUGGGUGAAGAAACAAAUGGUACUAGUGGUGAUACAGAUCAAAUUGAUGAAUGGGAUGAGCAAACAACAAGUUAUGGUAUUAAUAAUAAAUUGUUAAAUGGUACACAAGAAAAAAUGGAUUACAGUGAUCUAUUCAAUUUCAUGAUUAAAAUGUCUCGACAAAAUUCAACACUGGCUCUACGUCUGUUAUCAUAUGUUAUAAAGACAUUAUUCGAAUGUUUGACUUUUCCUGAUGCUUAUUGUGUUAAUCGAUUUCUACCAAUCAUUCUUCCAUUAACUAAACUUUAUACCGAUAUCAUUGAUAAACAUGUCAAUUCAUCAUCAUUCAUUGAUAUUAAAUUUCUUUUUCAAUGUUUACUUAGAGGACUUGAACGUCAUAAUGAAAACGAGGGUGUUAAUACAAAUCUAAUAUCAUUAAUUGGUCAUAUUUAUGAAUUAUGGCAUAAUCAAUAUCAAACAGAACUUGAUAUUGUUCUAUAUCAAACAAUUCCACAGUUAAAUGUUGAAUUAUUGAAUACAUAUAAGACACGUUUGCUAUCAAAUAUUAAUAACAAUAAUGAACAACAAAGAAAAUCCCAACAAAUAACAGAACGUGAACGACGUGAUACGAUAAAAAAUUUGCUCAAUCCUCUUCUAUUAUCACCUAUGUCAAGUAAUAAAAACGAAGGAUUAAAUUUAAAAAUUCCAUUUAAUCAAACAACAGUCUUAACAACAAUUUAG